AUGGGACUUAGCCUCCGAACAUCUAGAUUUCGAGGGGCUGUUUAUUUUGGAUCCAAGAAUCUUCUCCCAAGAAAUCUUGAAACAAUGAAAACAAGAAAAUUUUUAGGCAUAUCUCUCUCUUUAAUUAUCAUCAACUUGGCCGCUAUAAUGGAACGUGCUGAUGAGAAUCUCCUUCCGGCUGUUUACAAAGAAGUCAGUGAAGCUUUUUCUGCAGGGCCAUCAGAUCUUGGAUAUCUGACAUUUGUACGGAACUUUGUACAGGGACUGGCAUCACCUGUUGCAGGUAUUUUAGCAAUCAAUUAUGAUCGCCCUACAGUACUUGCAAUCGGCACCCUGUGUUGGGCCUUGUCGACUGCUGCAGUGGGUGCAAGCAAGUACUUUUUGCAAGUUGCAUUUUGGAGAGCGGUAAAUGGCUUUGGACUGGCAAUUGUGAUACCCGCACUUCAGUCUUUCAUAGCGGAUAGCUAUAAGGAUGGUGUACGAGGUGCUGGAUUUGGGUUUCUUAAUCUUGUUGGUACAGUUGGUGGCAUAGGAGGCGGAGCUAUUGCUACGGUUAUGGCCGGUAAUGAUUUCUGGGGUGUACCUGGAUGGCGGUGUGCCUUCAUCAUGAUGGCAACCUUGAGUUGUUUAAUUGGGUUCCUAGUAUUUCAGUUUGUUGUCGACCCAAGAAGAAUUAGCACUGAUCAUGAUACGGGCAAGAUUUCGAAUCGGGAAAAGUUGAUAGACAAAAGCAAUACCAGUUCGGUAACAGUUUGGUCAGAGUCAUUGGCAGCCAUGAAAUCUGUCAUGAAAGUGCAAACCUUUCAAUUCAUUGUUUUACAAGGUCUUGUUGGUUCAAUUCCAUGGACAGCCAUCGUGUUCUUUACCUUCUGGUUUGAACUAAUUGGUUUUGAUCAUAACGGGGCUGCAACCCUGGUCAGUCUCUUCGCUGCUGGAUGCGCUCUGGGUUCUUUUCUCGGUGGUGUAAUAGCAGAUCGAUUGUCCCAAAUAUACCCUCAUUCGGGAAGGAUUAUGUGUGCGCAGUUCAGCUCCUUUAUGGGCAUCCCGUUCUCAUUAUUCCUUCUUCGAGUUAUCCCUCAGAACGUGAGCAGCUAUUAUAUAUUCGCUGUCACCCUAUUCAUAAUGGGCCUAACAAUCAGCUGGUGUGCUACUGCUACAAACGGCCCGAUGUUUGCUGAGGUGGUCCCCGCCAAUCAUCGUACAAUGAUUUAUGCAUUUGAUCGUGCUUUCGAGGUAUCAUUUUCCUCUUUUGCUGCACCAGUUGUCGGAAUUCUUUCUGAAAAGAUAUACGGUUACGAUCCCAAGUCUGUUGAUCCCCUCUUGGGAUCAACACGAGAGGCUUUUGCAUUAUCAAGAGGGCUCCUUGCGAUGAUGGUGGUUCCAUUUGGUUUAUGCAGCUUGUUUUACACACCAUUGUAUUGGACUUUCAAGCAGGAUCGCGAGAAUGCUAGAACAGCCAGUAUAAAAGAAACCGAGAUGUUGUAA